AUGUCGGCUGUUGUCAGACGUGCUGUUCCUGCUUUUGCGGCUCUCCGCACUCGUACCGUUGCCGCCGUGGGCACACGCAUGUACUCCGACGGCUCUGGCGCAACCGCUCGUGAUCCUGGAUGGUCGAAGAAGGAAAAGGCUGUCGAAGAUCAAUAUGCACACAACCGUGAAGUUGAAGCUAUGAACAAGUUGAGGCAGCAGCUCGAGGCAAAGGAAAAGGAGUUGAACGAACGCGAGAAGAACUUGGAGCAGCGAGAGAAGAAGGGUAGCUCAUAA